CCCAUGAUGCUUCGUCGCACCAAGUCUCCGGCAUAGGAGUAGUUCCCAUGGAGACCGGGAGUCUGCAAAGGCCUAAGAAUUUGGAGGGGCGUUUUCGUGGGGCCCGAGGAACGAUGCCCGGGGACAGUGACACCUUAUGGGAUAUUGCUAAAGCUGAAGUAGACAGGAGAGAAAAUCAAGAAGGUGACAGAGAUGGACUGGAAUGUUGGGAAAGAUCCAUAUUUUUUAUUGGAAAUAAAAAUGGGGGAAAGACUACUAUUAUAUUGAGGUGUCUUGACAGGGAUGAAAUUCCAAAACCAACAUUAGCUUUGGAAUAUACUUUUGGAAGAAGAGGAAAAGGGCAUAACACACCCAAAGACAUUUCUCAUUUUUGGGAACUAGGUGGUGGAACUUCUUUGUUGGACUUGAUUCCCAUCCCAAUAACUACUACUAACAUCAGGACAUUAGCUGUGGUUCUUGUUUUGGAUCUUUCAAUACCACAUGCCCUCUGGCCUACCAUGGAGAGUCUUUUAUCAGUCACCAAGAAACAUGUAGACAAAAUUGUAACACAACUUGGAGAGACCAAUCCUAAAGCAGCUAAUGAAAUUAAACAGAAAGUAUGGAACAGUUUGCCGAAGGAUCACGCAGAUCGUGAACUGAUUGACCCUUUUCCAAUCCCUCUGGUUAUAAUUGGAAGCAAGUAUGACCUAUUUUAUGAAUUUGACUCAGAGGUGAAAAAAAUAGUAUAUAAGACUCUUCGAUUCAUAUCUCAUUAUUAUGGAGCAUCAUUAGUGUUCACUAGCAAAUCGGAAGCUCUACUGCUGAAAACACGUGCUCUUAUUAACCAUUUAGCAUUUGGCUUUGAUAGAAGCAAAUCCAUGUCAGUGGAUCAGAGUAAACCCCUCUUUAUCCCAGCAGGACUGGACUCUUUUAGUCAAAUAGGCCCCCCUCCUGCUUCCGAUAGUGAUAUUGGAAAGUUGCAUGCACAGACACCCAUGGAUCUAUGGAAAAAAGUAUUUGAAAAGAAAUUUCCACCUAAGAACAUUGGUGUUUUUAAAGAAGUCAGGGACCCAGCUCAGGAUCCACAAUAUGCUGAAUAUGAAGUUGACGCAAUGCGAGCUCAGAAAAACCAGGAACUAGAACAGUACAAAAGGAAUGCCGCAAAAACAUGGAAAGAGAUGGAGUUUGAUUCUUGACUGACAGAGAUACCUAGCUCUCAUCCAGAUUUCAAUUUUAGUGUUGUAUUUUUUACCUUUAUAUUGGAUUUGUGUACAUUUUAUACACUUGGUAAAAUAUGUAAUAUACCUACAGCAAGUGGUUCCACAUAAUUGUGACUAUCAGUUAAUGAUAAAUACCAGUGGAUUAUGCCUGAAUCUCCCAUUUCACUUGUUCUUUCUAAGAAGAAUCCCAGACAUUACAUGAUGAGAAAUAGCAGUACAUGUAUGUUGUAUCAUUUAAUAUUGGAUAAGCUGAGAGCAAAUGAGGAAUCACAGGAUGGGGGAACAAUUUGGACAUAUUUUCUACUUAGCUGGCUUCUGUGUAGAUAAUAAAAAGCAGCAAAACUAAGCCACCAACAGAUGAAGUCACUGGGGUGCUGUGUGGUUUCCGGCCGUGAAAGCCUUCGACAAUAGAUGAAGUCAUGAUCACUAAUCUUUGUCCAAAAGAGGGAAAAGGCCUAAAAAACAGCCUUAUGAGGUCUAAGAAUGUUCCAGAAGGGAAAGAAUAUCAACAAUGACUGAGAUGACAAUGUGUUGUUCUUCCGAUUCUUCAUAGACCCCCAGGUUGUUAUGAAUGUAUUAAACAUUAAUUUAAACUUACAAAAACAAAUUCACUGAAUGUGGUAACUUUAACAUUUUUUAAUUUAUUCAAAAGCAUCUAUAGUUCCUUCUGUUUCUCAUAAUACAGAAGAUUUGUUCCUAAGACAACCUAAAAAGAAUAAGUGAAAAUGCAUCAAGUUGCCUCUUCUUGGAUCAUCCAUUGAAUUUCUCCAAGCUGAAUUUAAGAGAACUUUUUUUCUCAUUUGUUUGCUUUUGAAGUGUCAAUGAAAGACUAAAUGGAAUGAAUUUAGUCAUUUAACAACAGGGGAAAGCUUUGAUUGUACUUCAAACUGUACUUUCAGAUUCAACAAAAGUAUAAAAAAGUUCUUUUACAAACCAUUUAAAUGCACCUUUAUUAUCUAAGAAUAAUAAUAUCCCUUAUUUUAAAACUUAUUAUUGCUAGAAUUACAAGUGCUGGGAUAAAGGAAUAUAGUAGUAAAAAAUCCAUUGUGAACCGGGACACAGCUCUAGGAUAGCUUCUUUCAAUGAACUGAAUCCCAUGAGAGAAUGGACAGGAAAAUCCAACUCCAGUGGAAAAGUUGAAGUGACCUGCCAAAAGAAUAUGUUUACAUUAUGAUGCAGUAUUGCUGGUUUUGAGUGUAAAACUUGCUUGAGAACAUACAGUACAACAUUAAAUCGAUAUGAAGAACUAAGUGUCAGUGCUGGUUAAGCUGCUGUCACAGAUCCCCUCAGAAAUGCUAGCCAUUUGAUUCAGGGGUGGUAGAACUGAGCAUAGUUGCAAACUGUGGAGUCUCAUGUAGCUUUAUCAAGGUUUUUAUCUCAUUAGCUGAGGUAGCUGGAGGCACUUCUCUCUGGUUUCUGUUCAUUCCCAUAUGGGAUUAGGCAUGAACGUACUUCAGCUUGGAAAUUUUGAGAAGUGCACAGAUCCAAAGGAUAGGUCAGCACUUUCCUGAUUAGUGCUCUUCUAACCAAUAUGAAACUUUGUUCUCAUUAGCAAACUCAUUAAUUCUACUCCUUCCAAAUUCUGGUCAUCUAGUUUACUUAUUAAAAGUCUUUAUAUCCCACACUCUUCACAGUUUGCCUAAGGCAACUGAGCAACAAAAAUCCAAUUAACAUCAAAAAUAUAACGAAGUAACACAAUAAACCAGAAAAGCUGAAACAAUAAAACCAACAGCAUUUUAAAAUAGAAAACAAUAAAAACAGCAAUAGCAGGGCAUAAAAGCAAACAGCGAACAGGCAGAGCAAAGAGAUAAUACUCAGAAGCCAGUAAAUUAGGUGGCAAGGGAGCUUCAAUCUGGAGGACAGUUAUAUGUUGAAAAAUACAGCAAAACAGACUGAGGUGUCUUGUGAGAGGAGUUGGCUGAGCUGACUUGGGGAGCUGAAGUGGGGAAGCAGAUCUGCUGACCUGUAGGAGUGCCUCUUUGCUUCCAUAAAAGUUGCCAACUCCGGGUUUGGAAAUACCUAGAGAUUGGAAGGUGGAACUUGGGGGGCUAGGUUUUAGGGAGGGAAGGGACCGUGGUAUGGUAUGAUGUUACACAAUCCCCCUUCCAAGGCAGCCGUUUCUUCCAGGAGAAGUGCAAUAAACAUUUUGAAUAAAUAGAUAAGUGAUAUGUAGUUUGAAGAUCAGUUGCAAUUUUGGGAGAUCUUCAGCCCCAAAGUGGAAACUGGCAACCCUACCUUCACAUGUGCUGUACUUGUAUACAUGUAAAUAAAGCAGAUACUACAGAAAUGGGAGAAAUCUCCGGUGCCCUCUCUUCCAACAAGAACCCACUUAGGCAAAUUCUGGCCUUGAUAAUCUCAUCCCUUGGAGAACUGGGUUGUGUGUAACUGCAUGUACAUUGGGGAAUGUUUUUUAUCAUCUCAUCCCUUGGAGUACUGGGUUGUGUGUAACUGUAUGUACAUUGGGGAAUGUUUUUUAUCAUCUCAUCCUUUGGACUACUGGGUUGUGUGUAACAGUAUGUACAUUUGGGGAAUGUUUUUGACACUUACCACCGCAAGUGAAUUUUAAUCUCGAAAACUCAUUCACAACAAGAAUCUCACUGCCGUACUUUUGGAAUGUAAGAUAACUCAGCAUCUUAAAAGCAAUGGGCAUGUCCUCCAAGCUCCUGACAAAACAAAUAAGAUAAAAGUGAGUGAACAUUUGUCACAAAUGACUACUCCCUGUUGCUUAAACACUCAAAUAUCUGCAAGUCUUCUUAGUUUUAUCUGUUUUAUCUGUGUUGCCUGGAAAUGGACAUACUUACAGGAAUUUGUGUUGUCUCUGGCACAUUUGUACCCAACUUUAGUAAAACUGCUAAUGACUGGA